CGCUCGCGCUCGCUCCUCCCGCACCCACCUCCCCGGCCCGAGGCACACUGCAGCUCGGCGCCGACUCUCCGGCCCCGGCGAGGUGGCUGCAAACUCGCGGGCACGCACGGCGCUCGGGGAUCCGGACUCGGGGGAGGGGACGCGCGCAGCAGGCGCCAGCUUCCUCCUGCCCGCCCCUCGCAGCCGAGAGCCGAGGUCGGAGGAACCCCGAGCCCCAGCCCGGCAGAGCAGAGCGGCCGCCGCCGCCACGGCUUCCCUUUUCUCCCCCAGCGAGCCCUGGAGCGCCUCGGGGACCGGCCCUAAAAAGAGCAGGAAAUCUUGUUUACCACCCGGGGAGCACAGCCGAUCGAGCCUUUGUCUGGAAAGUCAGCAUCUCUGGCCGCAAUGUGUGCCUGGUGACAUUAGCCUUGGGCGGACCGGCCGGAAAAGGGGGGUCGCCAGGUUCAGAUCUGGUUUCAGAGGCGGAUCGAGCGGGUGACUUUUGUGCAUUCAUUUUAAUUUUUGGAAAUCUCUUUUUUCCCUCCUUCGCCCGCCGCCGGGCAUGUCCUGAUUUGGCGCCCUCUCCUACUGCCCCGGGCUGCCGAUCAGAGCGCUUUCCAGCGGGUCUCCCUCCCGCCCAGCCUGACUUUGCAACACCGCGUUCCAGGCGGAUCGACCUCGGCGAGGAAGGAGGCGGGGGAGCCGCGAACACCAGGACCCGAACCUUGACAUGCUCUCGGGCGGCGAGGAGGAAGCCAGGAGCUGAGCGCACCGCCGUGGCUGCUUCGCCGACCGGCUCCGAGCACGGGGCACCGGGCGUUCUACCCUGCGCCUGGGCGGCAGCCUUGUUAGUCUGGGGCCGCCCCCCGCUUCCCGCCUCUGGGGUCCGCGGCCGGCAGGACCAUGCUGCUGAAGGAGUACCGGAUCUGCAUGCCGCUCACCGUGGACGAGUACAAAAUCGGACAGCUGUACAUGAUCAGCAAGCACAGCCACGAACAGAGUGACCGAGGAGAAGGGGUAGAGGUCGUCCAGAACGAGCCCUUUGAGGACCCUCACCAUGGCAACGGGCAGUUCACAGAGAAGCGAGUGUAUCUCAACAGCAAACUGCCUAGCUGGGCUAGAGCUGUUGUUCCCAAAAUAUUUUAUGUUACAGAGAAGGCGUGGAACUAUUAUCCCUACACGAUUACAGAAUACACAUGUUCCUUUCUACCGAAAUUCUCCAUUCACAUAGAAACCAAGUACGAGGACAACAAAGGAAGCAACGACAGCAUUUUUGACAAUGAAGCCAAAGAUCUGGAGAGAGAAGUUUGUUUUAUCGAUAUUGCCUGCGAUGAAAUUCCAGAACGUUACUACAAAGAAUCUGAGGACCCUAAACACUUCAAGUCAGAGAAGACAGGACGGGGCCAGUUAAGAGAAGGCUGGAGAGAUAGUCAUCAGCCCAUCAUGUGUUCCUACAAGCUGGUGACCGUGAAGUUCGAGGUCUGGGGGCUUCAGACCAGAGUGGAGCAAUUUGUACACAAGGUGGUCCGAGAUAUUCUUCUGAUUGGACAUAGACAGGCUUUUGCAUGGGUUGAUGAGUGGUAUGAUAUGACAAUGGAUGAUGUUCGGGAAUACGAGAAAAACAUGCAUGAACAAACCAACAUAAAAGUUUGCAAUCAGCAUUCCUCCACUGUGGAUGACAUAGAGAGCCAGGCCCAAACAAGUACAUGACAAUGGAUGAAGUCCGAGAAUUUGAACGAGCCACUCAGGAAGCCACCAACAAGAAAAUCGGCGUUUUCCCACCUGCCAUUUCUAUCUCCAGCAUCCCCUUGCUGCCUUCCUCAGUCCGCAGUGCCCCUUCCAG